AUGUCCGGGGCGCCACCCGGAGCCGAAGGCAAGUUAUACAAGUACAAGCCGGAGCAGGAUAGAAGAAUGAAAAAAAAACACCAAAACCUAACCGCUCUCGAAUUGCUCAAUUUUCCACUGGCACGGAGUUCAAGUGGUGAAAAGCAAAGUAGCGGCAGCAGCGGUAGAGAAAUACGACAAAUUGUUGGAUUGGGACAACCGAGGAUUAGCCUGCCUCGGAGAGAAACCCGCCCGGGGGCGGCUGUUCAGUUGAUCGAGCGAGCUACCAGCGUGAAAGUGGAGCACCAGGAACUCGAAACGGUGAAACCGGAAAACGUGCUGUGUCAUUUUGACACACUUGACGCGUUCCCGCGACCAAAGUGCGAAUUGGAUGAACGGAACUCUGGGUGCGGAAGUGUGAUUAAUCAAUCAUCCCAAAGCCUACUACUGGGUUUCGGUUUUUCGAUUGGGGUUGGGGUUGCUGACGUUUCGGAAAGGAUCGAACAUAUUAAACAAACAAACAAACAACAACAACAACAGGAACGGACAAUGCUACAGCAGAGCUACUACGAUGUAGUGCAAACCCAUUCGGAAGUGUCAUCCGGAAGUGAGUCGAACAAUAAUACACCCUUUUCAGUGAAGGAUAUCCUUAACUUGGUGGACCAGAACGCGGCUGCCGCGGCGGCGGCGGCUGCUGCAGCAGCCGAAGCGGAUUAUCUCGGAUGCCAGAUGGAGAGCUCAUCAAGCUCUCACCUGGCGCUUGCCUACUCCGGUUACGAUCAAACCUUCAGUAGCAGCCUGAACGAUCCUUACCAGAUGAUCCCCCAUGGCUACCUUCCCACUUCGCAUCACCAUCACGAAUACACCGGUUACAGUUCAUCGCCGACGGCUUGCUAUGACUACAACACACCAUCAUCGGUGGCAGCUCCUCCGCACUACCACCAACAUCAUCACCACCAUCACCCGCUGCCAACGUACAACUCCUACCAUCAUCAUUCGUCGGCACUGAUGCCAGGGGAAAACUCCAUCGCCCCAAACGGAAGCUCUCACGCGGAUCUGGAAAUGUCUCUUUCGGUUAUCGAUGUUCCCAAAGAAUGCACCUUCCAGAUUCAGGAUGUCCGCUCUACCAACCCGGCGGCCGUCAUCGAGGUCAACAGUAUGGAAGCGAACGAUCCCAUCGGUUCUCCGAUGGAAUCCGCGGUCGGAAGUUCCCCGCAAACUCCGCUGCGAAAACCGAAGGAAGAAUCAUUGUUCAACGUGACGCCAAACAAUUCUAAUCGGGUUACUUCCGAGCAUGUCCAAGAGUUGGACAGUUUGUGCCAAAUGAAUAAUAACGAGGAGGAAACCAGGCAGAAAUGCAACUCCCAGCUCGUCACCUCAUCCCGUUGUGAGCUGCGCAAAAAUGGUAAACUUCGAGCCAAGCGGAAACCUCGGAUUCUGUUCUCCCAAGGUCAGGUUCUCGAGUUGGAACGAAGAUUCCGUCAGCAGCGCUAUCUGUCGGCACCGGAACGUGAAACACUGGCCAGCUUACUGAAGCUUACUCCGACCCAGGUGAAGAUCUGGUUCCAAAACCGGCGAUACAAAUCCAAACGAAUCCAGUUGGAGAAUGCCGCUGCCGUGAAGGACGCGGCACCCGGUAAGGACGGGGAUAAACCGAAAGGAUCCGUGUCGGUGGAAUUCGUCGAGGAAUCGAUUGGCACCUAUUCGAAUGGGUUUGGCACGAUGAAUUCGGUGUCGGCUGUUGUAGCACCUGCUCCACCGCCACCACCACCUCCCUAUCCAACAUACGGCGGAAUGCAAUACACAAGCGAUCAGUACGGACCACCUCCGAAUCCUUACUACGAUCAGAAAGGAUACUGGUAGACAGCUACAGUAGCAAUAGUUACAGUUUGUAAAUAAUAACUCACGCUAGCUCACCAAAUAGCUUUAACAUUUAUCCCAAAGA